GUCCUUCUCCUCUCAUGAUACACAGUCAUUUAAUCUGCCAACUGUUAUUGUGCCAUUGUAGGUUCAUUACACAUGAGGGACUUCCCCUGGAGCCUGAACUGUCCAUCAGCAGUCUCUGCGGUCCCCUAUUGCUUUUCACGAUGUCCUCUUCCUUUUCACCAGAAUGAAGCAUCUUGUGUGACCUCUGGUCAGCUGGAGUGCAGUCGACCAAUGAGGCGGACAGACAGAGACACGAGGUAAUCCUCCCCCGAUGCCUCAUUAUAAGAAGAUGAUGAAAAAUAUAAAGGAGAAAUGACAGCAGACUUGAUUGCACAGAGCAGAAAAAAGCUUCAUUUACUGCCGUCGACGCUAAAAGGCCUCCAAAUUGUUCCGUAAUUAAAGCAGGAGGCGUCUUUAUGCCUGUUUGAAAUUCAUUCAGCACGAUGGGGUCUCAGGAGGAGCUUUAGUUAUCAUGUGGUAUUGAGGCCCUGGUUUUAAACGUUUCGAUCAGCACGGUGAAUUCAAGGGAAAGCCUUCGGGUCUGCAGUCGUUCGUGAACUGCUGCUCUCCUGCAAAAGUGGACCCGUAUCCUAGUCUCCCAGUGUUUUGUUCCAUGUUUCCCAACAUAUUAAUAAAGACUUAUUGCCUGCGAACGCAAUUAUCUGCAAAGCUGCGGAGGACAUUAAACCCCACACUUCGGUUGGCAGCAUAGUCUGUCUCGUAAUCCACAGGAGUUUAAUUAAUCAAAAAGUUAUACUGUUUUGCGGAGUGGGGGUUGCGCUUCAGAUCAGUUUAUGACAGUGGAUAAAUCUCGUUCUUUCUUGCCUACGCUCUUGUGCGGCAGGCUAGCUAAAAUAUUAAUGGAGCUCAUAGGCUUUGGGACAUCUUCCAUUAUGAAUACAUGAUCAUCGGGGACUGAUUUCUGGCAGGGACUGAAUUUUUCAAUCCCUAAAACUGAUUGGUCUGUAAUAAUUUGCUAUAUUUUCCCCUUCCGUUCUCAUCUCCUGUCUGAAUUGUGACUGAUAGACGUGGAUGUUAAUUGGAGUGGUGGAGUGAAUUGUGUGGAGGUGAGGAAGAGGUUGUGCUUGGCCCAAUUAAAGUGCUGUCACUCAUCACCUGUCGUCCUGCAAACUCAAGUCAAGACUGCAGCAUUAGAGUCAUUCCUGGAGAUGAUGCAGUGACCCUUUCCAACUGAGGCCAUGCAGUUGGAGAGCUCCAGCUACUGUGUGGGAUUGGUGACGACGUCUACGGCUUUCGGGCCAUGAGUAGUUUUAAGGGCCAGGAUGUGGAAAAACAGGGCAUCAAGCUGCCAAAAAAAUGGAUCGAUUCCAGAGACAAAAUCCCCACAGACCACACGAUGGUUGUCAGGGGAGGAGGAGGAGACGCUUCCGGUCCUGCGGGAGGUCCGCUGAAGAAACGGCGCCAGCGCUACGUGGAAAAGGACGGCAAGUGCAAUGUCCACCAUGGAAACGUGCGCGAAACCUACCGUUACUUGACGGACAUCUUCACCACGCUUGUGGACUUAAAGUGGCGCUUCAAUCUGCUGGUCUUCACUUUGGUCUACACCACCACCUGGGUGUUUUUUGGCCUCAUUUGGUGGCUCAUAGCCUACAUCCGUGGAGAUCUGGACCAUACUGAUGACAACGAUUGGACGCCUUGUGUGAAUAACCUUAAUGGCUUCGUCUCUGCGUUCCUUUUUUCCAUCGAGACUGAGACCACGAUCGGUUAUGGGUAUCGUGUCAUUACGGACAAAUGCCCCGAGGGCAUCAUCCUGCUUCUGGUUCAGGCCAUCUUGGGCUCCAUCGUCAAUGCCUUCAUGGUCGGUUGCAUGUUUGUGAAAAUCUCCCAGCCAAAUAAACGUGCCGAAACGCUCAUGUUUUCCAACACAGCUGUGAUAUCCAUGCGGGACAGCAAGUUGUGUUUGAUGUUCCGUGUCGGUGACUUGCGAAACUCGCACAUAGUGGAGGCCUCCAUUAGGGCCAAGCUCAUCCGCUCUAAACAGACCAAGGAAGGAGAGUUCAUCCCCCUGAACCAGACGGACAUUAAUGUGGGCUUUGACACGGGGGACGAUCGACUGUUUCUGGUGUCACCGCUGAUCAUUUGCCAUGAGAUCAACAAGAACAGCCCCUUCUGGGACAUCUCUCAGGGGCAACUGGCACGAGAAGAGUUUGAAAUAGUGGUCAUCCUGGAAGGAAUGGUAGAGGCCACAGGAAUGACAUGUCAAGCCCGCAGCUCGUACCUGAACUCAGAGGUGCUUUGGGGAGAACGCUUCACCCCUGUGCUCUCGUUGGAGGAGGGGUUCUACGAGGUGGAUUAUGACACCUUCCACCACACAUAUCCCUCCCCAACCCCUUCCUGCUCCGCACGGGAGCUAGCAGAACUGGCAAAGAAAGGGGAAGCCAUCCCUCUGCCCCCUAUUUCACCCCCAGCAACCCUGGAGGAGCCCCGAAGCCCAAAGGAGAUGCCCGAGGAGGAGCACAAUGAAGAAGCAGCAGAAGCAGAAGAGACUGUCAAUGGUGAUGUGAACAGACUGGAAUGCGAGCAAGAAUUUUGAUGCAUUGCAAUCUGCAAUCUUUUGCUGCCCCUGUGUGGCAGAUGGAAAUAGACAGUGAUAGAAAAACUCACUUCAGCCACAUAUAAAUCUAGAAGCCUAGAUUUUGUCAUUGACCCCUCACUGGUACCGCUAUUAACUGUUUUCAAGAAUAGAACAAAAUCGCACAUGGUGAAGUUUUUGCAUUUUAGGCGCAAAAAAUGAAAACCUGUAUCAGCUUGGACUUUAUUUAAAUAAGAUGUAAAUAUUUGCGGCUUUGUGCUGUGCUUGUUUAACACACGCCACUGACCUUGCAUCAUUGCUUUUGAGGUUUAUAAGUAGGCUAUUUCUAAAUCCUGUUUAUUUGUAUAGAUUGCGAUGUAUUGACCCAGAUGGUGUUUAUAACUACACUACAGCAUUUUAUGAGUAAAACAUUUCCUAUUUGUUAUACUCCAUUCUCUAUAAAGGGAUUAUUUAAGAUGCUUAGAAAUGCACAUCAUGUAUGGAAUCAUAUGUACAGAUAUGUAUCAUAAACUCCAAAAGCUGGAUAGCAAACUGAAAGCAUAAUGUAACUGUUGCUCAUUCAUUUAUUGGAAAAUCUAAGAAAUGCAUUGUAGUUGCUAUUUUUAGUCAUUUUACAGAUAUGGUGUCUAACAUUUAUAUUUCGCUUGAGGAAUACCCUUCACUGUUAUUUAUAGCUCUUUUUGUCCACCAAUUCUGUUUCUGUUUUAAUUACAGGAAUGUUACUAUCCUUCUCAGACAUAGUGUGUAGGCAUUUCAACCAUUUAAAGGUUUGGAGUCUGUUAUACACACAAAGGAGCAUUUAAACAAAAAUGCAGGAAAAAAAAAUUAAAUACAAAUUAAAAUAAUUGUUUUAAGCAAUUUAAAAAAUUCAUUUUGUCUUUUGAUGCAAAGCUUAAGGGUUAGUUCACCCAAAAUAUGAAAAUACUGCCAUUAAUUACUCACCCUCAUGUUAUUCCAACCUUAUAAGACUUUCGUUCAUCUACACAAAUUAAGAUAUUUUUGGUGAAAUCUGGCUCUCUCUUGCUUGGUAAUUGCAUCUGCAGGCCCAGAAAAGUUAGUAAAGACGUCGUUAAAAUAGACCAAUUGACUACUGUGGCUCAACCGUAAGUUUAUUAUGUAGCAUAUAACAGAAGAUGACACUCACAAUCAUAGGGAAGUGUGAAAGGUAAGCACUUUUACGUUUUCUCGUUGGUUUCUCACGAUUAGGACAUCCAGCAAAUGCACACUUUAAAACCAUUUUAAACACUACAUCGAGAUCCAUCUGCGUCAUCUUCUGUUCUCGCACAUGUUCUCGCACAAUGGCUGUGUCUUGAGUAAUUCAUCCUGUACAAUUACUGUUUUGAUGACAUUGUGUGUAUGUUUUCUUUAAGAAAAUUAAAAUAGAUAUUAAAAAAAUGUAUUUGCAAUAUUAAUGUUUUUACUAUUUGUGAUUACAUAAUGCAGCCUUCAUGAGCAUAAGAGACUUUUUUCAAAAACAUCAAAAAAUAUAUUUUUUAAAACUUUUCACAGGAACUGUAAAUCCAAGUUGAAGCAGCUUCUGGAACAGAAAAAAAUGUAGGGCGGGGUAAUGCUAAGUACAUUACAUAGUUUCCUCCUCAAAUAAAAUGUCCCCAGUGACCUUGGAGCAUAAAACAAAAUCUUUCCCCCUGAAUAAUGAUCUAAUAACCAACUGCAUGGGUUCAGCCGAAAAUUUUUUUGCAACAUUCAAUCAAGUUAUAGUUUUCAGUUGUCACCACCGUUGACUUUGUUAUUGUAGCUAUUUUCACCUAUCAUCUAUUUUUAUAAACUGAAUCCUUGUUAAUUAAGUUAAUUAAGUUUUAAAGUCUAUAAAUAUGAUGUUCGUUUUGUUUAAUUAUGAAAACAUAUUAGUGUCACUUGAUUAUACAAUCCAAUAUGAAAUAAAGCUCUAGCUAGCACAUUUAAUUAGAAGCUGAUCAAAGUGCUUUCCUAAUGAAAUACAUCGUA